AUGUCGUAUAACUCAAUAGGCGAAGGUUCGUCUUCUUCGAAUCAACUGUUGAACAAUAGAAAAGGAAAGGAAAAGUAUUCGCCUACCAAUCAAGAAGAGCCGUUUUACGCUGAUAGCGAACAGCAACAACAGAAACCGCUGCUCACACCAUCCGCUUCUUCAGACUAUGGUGCCAUCAUACCCGCUACAACAUCACCCUCUGCUUCUCAGCACAACCCCAAUACACCAGCAUCCUCCAUACGCCUUCGCCAAUCACAAAAGACUUGUACAUAUAUCGCCAUCUCCAUCACUGCUUGCAGUGUCAUUAUUUUGUUCUGCUUACUGUGGUUUGCUCCAACAUUUGCAGAACGUUCAGUCAAAGACGGGGUCGGGUUCAGCUUCCAAAAGGCAUCUAUUCUCAAUGUGACAGAGGACAAUAUCAUUACCAUGCAUGUUAUCGGUAAAAUCGAACUGAAGCCAGACCUAUUCAAUCUGCAGAAAAAGUUCAAUGCCCUGUUUGGCACCAUUGGCAUCCAACAAAGCGCCCUACAAGUACACUAUCAGCCCCAGCAGUUUUUAGCCCUGUCCUCCAUGUCGAUGGGCACCAUUGAUCUGCCAGCGUUGGAUCUCAACAGUGUCUCCUCAGUGACGAAUUUCGACUUUAUCACCCGAUUCAUGAUUGAUGACACAGAUGCAUUGAUGGAUUUCUGUAAAGACGCAGUGGUUGCUAAAACCAUCAUGUGGCGUGUUGCUGGUCCAUUGUCCGUAACAUUAGGUUGGCUGCCCUGGGACUCCAAUGUGGAUCUGGACAAGACGAUUGAAUUAGAGGGCAUGGACGGGUUGAAAAAAACGGAUUUGCAGUCGCUGGUGUUUCCUGGUCCUCAUCCUUUAGGUGGUGUAUCUGUGAUUGGCACAGUAGGCAUCUACAAUCCAUCCAGCGUACUGAGUCUGUCAUUAGGCGAUAUGGAUUUUGGCAUCUUCUUGCCUGCUGCUUCACCGGAGGACGAGGACGCGCAAAUGGCGGUUGUGCAAGCAGUGGACGCCGAUCUCCAAGGCCACCGCAUGAAUUACUUUAAUGUCACAGGCCGCACACUGCCUAUUUCCAAAGACGAGAAAUCGCAAGCAUUAAUGGAGUCUUUUUUGACUGGCUAUCUUCACGGCAAUACCAGCUGGGUGCAUGUGCGAGGUAGCUCAUUUGGUCCUGACGAUCAACCACACAAGAAACAUGUCAGCACAACGCCACGCUGGUUGCGCAAGGCAUUAGAAUCUGUCGUUUUGAGUGUUCCGUUUCCUGGUGCCACCGAGACUGAUCUGAUACAAUCCCUCGAAUUGUCACACAUUAAAAUCGACUUUUCAAGCACAGGCAAUCCGUUGAUUUCAGGGGACGCAAUCGCACUGCUCAAGAAGCCACAAGAGAUGCAAUUUCAUAUGGAUGUGACAGAAAUCGAUCCCACCGUGUAUCUGUACCUGAACGUGGAUUCCACAGACCCUUUUGCGCUUGUCAAACCUAAUCGACCCUGCCCCGCAAGCACGGAAGAAGGAAACGGCAUUGAUCUGCCAUUGGGCACCAUGAAGGUGACAUCAAGACUGUAUCGCGCUCCAUUCAAAGUGUUGCCAGGAGGACAAAAGGAUUUCGAGGAAUUUUUGAAUAGAGUAUUUCAUGAGAAAAAGGGAAAGGUGUAUAUUCAUGGUACCUCAAACGCAGCAGUAGAUAGCGCCUUUGGACAUUUGAAUAUCCGUGAUCUCGAGUUCAACGGCGAAAUUGAGACACAAGGACUGCAGGGCAUGCAACAUCCACCGCCUCAAGUAACGGAUAUGACAAUUGUGCAAGGCCACCCAGAUGCGCUGCAUGCGAGCACGGUGAUUCGCAUCUACAGCCCUGCUGAUGUCCACAUCAACUUGGGUGAACUGAAUAUGCUACUACUCUUUAACGACCAUGUGAUUGGUAACACAACCAUACCAGAACUCGCCCUAGCACCCGGUGUAUUUAACGAGCUAACCGUAAGCGCAUGGCUGCUCGGCGAUAAUAGGCAUGUCAUUGAUUUCAUAGGGCAAUUCAUUUCAAAUGGCAUAACUGCUGCUAGUAAUGUCACUCUCACUAUUUCAGGAAACCACCCUAAUCCAACCAGGUCAAAAUUCCUAGAAAACUUUUUACGAAGCCUAUCAUUUGACGUGCAGCCACCUCCAUUCGACAAGGAGCCACUGUUAGCAGAUUGUCAAAUGAACAUUCUGUCAUCCACCGUCGUCAUGAGCAUGCGAAAUCCGUUUCCAGGCAUAGAGAUGACUAUCAACAAGAUCAACGCAUCUGCAACCUACGAGAUUUACGAAAUUGGUAGAAUGGUGGCUGAUUUUGAGGACAAGGGAGAGGGAUGGAAAGGGCCUAUGGUGCUGCCACCGCCCAAGUGCGAUGUAGAAGAUUGCCAAGGCAUUGUUGUAGAGUCAGAAAAGAUACCCGUCAUGACCAAGAAACUAGGAUUUGAAGCCAUCAAGAAGGCCCUAGGAGGUUCAAUUGAAGUGUCGGUGGAUAGCCAAGUUGCUGUGAUGAUUGAUCAGUUUGAAUUGAGGAAUUUGGAGUAUCGACAGAGCAAUAUUACUGCUAAAGUAAGAAAAGGAUUCUAA